ACUUCAGCUGUUUUCACCAGUGGCAUCCUCCCUUUCUCCCUGCCCAAGCACUCUCCCUGCCCUUUUCUCUUUCCCUCCAUGACCAUGUCGGCCCCUGCUAGCAACCUCCAGAACAUCCUGGACCAGACCUCGCUCCGCUGGAUCUUCGUCGGUGGCAAGGGUGGUGUCGGUAAGACCACCACCAGUUGCUCGCUGGCCAUCCAGCUGGCCAAGGUCCGCGAGUCGGUCCUCCUGAUUUCCACCGACCCCGCUCACAACCUGAGCGAUGCCUUCGGUCAGAAGUUCAGCUCCACCCCCACUCUGGCCGACGGCUUCUCCAACCUCUUUGUCAUGGAGAUCGAGUCGUCCGUCGACGUGCCCGGCGGUAACAUGCCUGGCGAGGAGGAGGAGGAGAACAGCAUCAGCACUCUCCUGCGCGACGUUGCCUCCAACCUGCCCGGUAUGGAUGAGGUUUCCGGCAUGAUGGAGGUCAUGACCCUCGCCCAGGAGGACAAGUACUCGGUGGUCGUCUUCGACACCCCCCCCACUGGCCACAUGCUCCGCUUCAUCUCGAUGCCCUUCGUCUUCGAGAACUCCAUCCCCCAGCUGUUCGGCUCCGACAGCCCGAUCGGCCCGCUCAUCACUCAGAUGUCCUCCAUGUUCGGCAUGGACUCCUCGGCCUUCGACCGCUUUGACAAGAUCAAGGUCGUCAUGGAGAACAUCCGCGAGCAGUUCUCCAACCCCGAGCGUACCACCUUCAUUUGCGUCUGCAUCAGCGAGUUCCUGUCUCUCUACGAGACCGAGCGCCUGAUUCAGGAGCUGGCCAAGUACAACAUCGACGUGCACAACAUCGUCGUCAACCAGCUUCUCGUCCCGGAGCAGGCCUCCAGCUGCAAGUACUGCAUCAACCGCCACAAGUCCCAGCAGAAGUACAUGUCCCAGAUUACCGAGCUCUAUGGUGAUGACGACUUCCACAUCGUGCCGAUCGCCGCCCGGGUGCGUGAGAUUCGCGGUGCCGACUCCCUCAACGCCUUUGGCAAUGCCCUGAUGGCCGGCCCGGUCAACGGCGAGAUCGCCGCCCGCGUUGUCAUCCCCGGCGAGUCGGACGACGUCAUUGAGGAUUAAACAGGACGGUGGCAACGGGCCAAAGAUUGUCCCCAUUCCCCUCACCCGGAUCCUGCCGAUAUUAUCGCCCCCAUUUUCCCCCCGCGUGUGGGCGCGCGAACGGGCCCACAAGUACAAGGCACGUCUCCGUGCAUGACCAUGUGUCUAUGCAUUUGCGUGUGAGGGUGCUCCAGGCUGGGGGCUCCUCCGCCCUGUUGGUGGGAAAGGCGGGUCACCAGCGGAGGGGAUGGCAGUGUCGACUGUCCGCGCCCGUGCUGUUGUGCGUGCACGCGAAAUACACACUCUAAAAUGGAAAA